AUGGCCUCGGACAAGCCCACAGUGCUGAUUGUUGGCGGCCUGGGCUUCAUCGGGCGACACCUCGCCUUGCACAUCCACCAGAACAAUCUUGCGUCCGAGCUGCGCAUCGUCGACAAAGUGCUGCCGCAGCUGGCCUGGCUGGCCCCCGAGUUCGAGGAGGCAUGCUCCAAAGACAAAUUCGUGCAGGCCGAUGCCUGCCGCGAGCAGUCAUACCCCCGAAUCUUCGACCGAGCAGACGGCAAGCAAUUCGACUACGUCUUCAACUGCGCCGGCGACCUGCGCCCUCUACAGCCCGAAGAAGUGUACCAAUUCCGCAAUCACGCCCUGUCAAUGGGCCUCAGCAAAGAAGUCGCCAAGCGCAACAUCCGGGUGUAUGUCGAAACCUCGACAGCCAUGAUAUACAAAAGCGGCUCCAAGCCGAGCAAGGAAGACGACAAGAAACGCCCGUGGCACGACCUCGCAAAGUGGAAAUUGAAGGUUGAAGAAGACCUGCGGACCGUCCCGGGGCUCAACUGGGUUUCCCUGCGGUUUCCGCAUGUGUUCGGUGAAUACGAUACGGGAUAUACGGCUACUGCUGUGAGUCUGGCGCGGACACACAAGUUCCUCCAGACGGAUUUCGAUCUGCUGCACUCGAAGGACCUGAAGUUCAACACAUUAUAUGUCAAGGACGCAGUGCGCGCGCUCUGGACGGCAGCAGUGUGGCGCGACGGUCAAAAGGACGAUCCCAGCAGCCCGCACAUUUUCAACGUCGUUGAUCAUCACAACACCAAUCGCGGACACGUCGGCGACGCCCUGGCAACAGUCUUCGACAUCAAGGUCAAUUUCGCCGGCACGCUCAUGUCACAGUUUGCAAAAUUCAGUCUCGACGACAUCGUCGACGACAUGAACGAGGAGAUGCUACAGGCAUGGGCCGAGCUGUUGGAGGAAAAGGGCAUUUCGCGACCAGGGCCCAUUGGUCCGUUUAUUGAAAUGGAUUUGCUGACUGAUAAUGAUUUGUAUAUUGACGGCUCCCUUUUCGAGUCUACCACAGGGUUUAAGCCCGAGAGGGAUUUUGGCGUUGAUGCUAUACGAGAUUUGGUUGCGUCUUAUGAACGGAUGGGUUGGUGGCCGGCUUGA